GCAGGUGGAUAUUUUGGGUGCCCUCCUCCCGCCAGCCUACGUGCACCCACCCUGCCUCCUUUCGGCAUCCACCCGUAGCGCAUUUGUUGUCGUUGUUGCUGCUAAGUGCUAACCCUUGCUUGGAUCUCCCCACACUCUGCGACUCCAACCGGCUCCCUCCGCCCGCUCGCCGCAGGGGAAAUUGGGCGAUAGCAAGAAAGCGCCAGCCACGACAGCGCACGCAAGCACAUCGGUCGACGGCCCAGCGUCACGCGCCGACGACGAUGAGGGUCAGCCGUGGCGCCGUCGCGUGCGCCGCCCUCAUGCUCCUCUCCACCGCUGCAGCGCUGCGGUCCGAGCCGAGCAGGCUGAGCACGAGCGGCGCGCCCAAGCUCCGCGCCUCCGCAGAGGCCGCGCAGGCUAAUGCCACCUUCUGUAGCAAAGAGGAGGCCUUCGCCUGGGCCAAGAAGGACCACCGGAGGCUCCUCCACGUCGUCUACCGCGUCGGCGACAUCCACAAAACCAUCAAGUUCUAUACGGAAUGCCUGGGCAUGAAGCUGCUGAGGAAGCGCGACAUACCCGAAGAGAAGUACACCAAUGCUUUCCUCGGAUACGGCCGCGAGGACGCCCAUUUCGUCGUCGAGCUCACCUACAACUACGGGGUCGACAAGUACGAUAUCGGGGCGGGGUUUGGUCAUUUCGGCAUCGCAACCGAUGAUGUGGCAAAAACGGUUAAAAUCAUAAGAGCAAAGGGAGGCAAGGUGACAAAGGAGUAUGGCACUGUCAAGGGUGGCAAGACCGUGAUCGCGUUCAUCGAAGACCCUGAUGGCUACAAAUUUGAGAUCCUUGAGAGGCCAGGGACUCGAGAGCCACUAUGCCAGGUGAUGCUUCGUGUCGGCGACCUCGACCGAGCCAUAAGCUUCUACGAGAAGGCUUAUGGUAUGGAACUACUCCGGAAGCGAGACAACCCUAGAAACAAGUAUACGGUGGCGGUGAUGGGGUACGGGCCCGAAGACCGGAAUGCAGUUCUGGAGCUGACCUACAAGUACGGUGUCGCUAAAUAUGACAAGGGGAAAGCCUAUGGUCAGAUCGCGACAGGCACCGACAAUGUCUACAAGACAGCCGAGGUGGUGAAGCUGUCCGGAGGGCAAGUGGUGCGGGAGCCAGGUCCCUUGCCAGGGAUCGGCACCAAGAUCACCUCUGUGCUUGACCCUGAUGGGUGGAAAACGGUAUUUGUUGACAACAUUGACUUCGCCAAAGAAUUGGGUGGUCAUGCGCACCAUUGACUUUGCCGAAGAACUGUAAACGUUGACUCUUUGAUAUUUACCAUCGACGUAAACAUGAGUGCAUAGACUUUGGGAGGAUUUUAAUCCUAAAAACAAAUAAAGUAGAGGACAUCGAGAACCAACUCUGAUUUUAUAGAUGUCAUUUCCUUUGGAUAAGUUAAGUUUUGAUGGGAAGUA